AAAAAAGGAAGUCACCACUUGGCUCACAGAAGCUUCUAGGGCUGGACAGAGACUGCACCUGGAGCUGGGGCUGGAGUCUGGCACCUUCUCCCCUGUCUUGCUGGCUGAGCACUUAGACACUGUGCAGCUGAGUAACCCCAAGGGCCAGACCUCCUCAGUCCAGGCCCUGGGCUUUGCACAGGGAUCAUGGGGGCAGGGGCUGGUUUAUCUCACCAGCCCCUGUCCACUCCUCCGCUGGUGUUCAGGAAGCUGGGGGUGGGGGUCCAGCCAGGCAGGAAGCCUGAGGUCAGCCGGCCACAGCCCAGACCAGCCAGCACCUAGCCUUGGCAACAUGUGGGCGCUCUUGCUGCUGUGGCUUCUGGCGCUGGGGCUCAGCCUAGAGGAUGACACCCAGACCCCCAUCGCCUACGAUGACGGCGGGAGCACAGAGGGAGAAGAUGGUGAUGACUGCACACCAGGGCCCCAGCCACGCAGCUACCCUGGCCAGCCCUGUGCCAAUGACAGCAACACUCUGGAGCUCCCGCUCAGCUCUCGGGCACUGCUGCUGGGCUGGGUGCCCACGAGGCUGGUGCCCAUGCUCUAUGGGCUGUCCCUGGCAGUGGGACUGCCCACCAAUGGCCUGGCACUGUGGGUGCUGGCCACGAGGGUGCCACGACUGCCCUCCACAGUGCUGCUGAUGAACUUGGCAGCCGCUGACCUGCUGCUGGCCCUGGCGCUGCCGCCGCGAGUCGCCUACCACUUGCGCGGUCAACGCUGGCCCUUUGGUGAGGCCGCCUGCCGCCUGGACACGGCCGCACUCUACGGCCACAUGUACGGCUCGGUGCUACUACUGGCCGCCGUCAGCCUGGACCGCUACCUGGCCGUGGUGCACCCGCUGAGGGCCCGUGCCCUGCGAGGCCAGCACCUGGCCAUCGGGCUCUGCGUGGCAGCUUGGCUGCUGGCGGCUGCCCUGGCACUGCCCCUGGCGCUGCAGCAACAGACCUUCCAGCUGUUGCACUCGGACCAUGUGCUCUGCCAUGAUGUGCUGCCCAUUGGCACGCAAGCCUCCUACUGGCAGCCCGUCUUCAUCUGCCUGGCAGUGCUCGGCUGCUUCCUGCCGCUGCUGGCUAUGCUGCUGAGCUAUGGGGCCACCCUGUGCACACUGGCGGCUGGUGGCCAGCGCUACGGCCACCCACUGAGGCUGACUGCGCUGGUGCUGGCCUCAGCCAUGAUUUUCUUCGCACCCAGCAACGUGCUGCUGCUGUUGCACUACUCAAACCCAGGUCCAGACGCCUGGGGGGACCUGUAUGCCGCCUAUGUGCCCAGCCUGGCACUCAGCACCCUCAACAGCUGCGUGGACCCCUUCAUCUAUUACUACGUGUCGGCCGAUUUCAGGGGCAAGGUGCGGGAGGGGCUGUUCUGCAGAGCGCCUGGAGUCACGACAGCGUCCAGAGAAGCGGGCAGCCCAGGGACGGGCACCCGGUCCUCUUCACUCAUCUGAAGGACCCUCCAAAGGCAAAAAAAACAAGGAGGGGGUUGUUCCGGGUUGAAGAGGGCCCCCUCCCAAGUCAUGUCCACCAGGACCUCCAAAUGUGAGCUUAUUUGGGAAGAAAGUCUUUGCAGGUGUUAAGAUGAUGUCACGUUGGAAUAGGAUGGACCCUAAAUCCAAAGUGACCAGUGUCCUUAUAAGAAGAGGACAGAGACACAUAUAGGAAAGCAGACCAUGUGACCAUGGAGGCAGAGAUGGGGUGAUGUGACCACAACCCAAGGGACAUCAGAGACUGCUGGGCAGCCACCAUAAGAAGUCAGGAGAGCAGCCUGGGACAGACUCUCCCUCAGAGCCCCAGAAAGAGCCAACCUGCCCACACCUUGAGCUCAGGCUUCUGGCCUCCAGAACCAUCAGACAAUAAAUUUCUGUUAAGUUA